AUGCCUACCCGCAACGCAUACAUCGCCGCCACGGCCGUCUUUUUGGCCGCCUUUGGAUUCCAGCUCGCCUCGCUCUUUGAUCCCAAGUGGGUGCAGUACAAGAGCCCUGAGCCAUACUACACAGAGGCAAACUACGGUCUCUUCCAGAAGUGCUCGACCUUGACGGAUGACUGCCGUCGAUUCCCCCAAAAGUCCUGGGGUGACUGUGACCAGGACAGGGACAGCGGACGCCGGGUCAACCUCUGCACCGAGUGGCGAGUCGCCUCUGUUUUCGCCAUCUUCUCUGCUUUUGUCGGCCUCUGGGUCAUUGCUGGCCUGAGCACUGUUCUCUACACCGGUGAGCGCUGGAUCGCUACCGGCUGGAAGCACAUCCUUGGCCUCGUCGGCAUCUUUGCCGGACUCCAGGUUGUGUGCAUGGCCUUGAUUGCACAUGUCACCCAGACGUCGGCCAUGUUUGCCCACCACCACUACGGCCUCUCUUUCAUUUUUUCCAACGUCUCCUGGGUCCUGUCUGCUGUUUUGGCCUUGGGCGUGACCCUCUACGCCCGCUACGGCGCUCAGGGCCAGAUUGCCUUGGAGUAA